AUGGAGAGCGUAUCAGAUCAGGAUACUUACCUGUCCCCUCAGCAAAUUGGGGAGCACUCCUGGAAUGCAGAGGCGGAAUUCAAAUCAUGUAUCUUCCCAGUCCUCGACGGUGACACGUCAAACGUACCCCACGCUGUGUCGCAAGAUAUUACUAUCUACAGCCUGCAAAAGGUCAGAGCCUUCUGCGAUAGUAAUGGGACCGACCUGACUUCUCUACUCAUCGCCGCGUGGUCUAUUGUUCUCCACCGGUUUUCUGAAAUGGAAACGCUUUACUUCGGUCUUAGUUUGCCAGGUGCGAGAAUUGGCAUGACGACUUGUGUUCCUGACAACGUACAAUUGCUUGCGGUGACAGUAAACCCCCACGCCCCCAUCAGAGAGUUACUUAAAUGCAACAGCAGUGUAUAUGCUCUGGACCUUGAUGCAAGCCGCAUUCACUUCAACACUGGCGUUGAAAUCCGGAAGAACAGUACAGGAGGGCCACUGCAGCUGAAGCUGAAUGACAGAUUCAGCGUUUUAGAUGGUCAGGCCCGGCGAUAUGACUUGUUGCUUAUCAUGGAGAUACGUGGCGAUCAGGUGCACAUGCAGCUAGAAUACAGCACUUCAGCCCUUUCCCACUGGCAAGGAAGAAGCAUAGCGGGCUCUGUAGCACAGGCAAUUCAGUGCUUUUUCCGGAAUCCAAGUCAGAUAGUACGGAAUGUCGACCUGGUCGAUCAGCAGAGUCGGCAUGAUAUAUCGAAAUGGAAUAGCCAAAAUUUGGCCACUUCUUAUCAUCGCUCAAUAACGGAAAUAAUCGAUGGAAGAUCGCGUGCUCAGCCAGACGCACCAGCGAUUUGCUCCUGGGACGGUCAGAUGACAUAUGCCCAGCUGGAGAAGCUUUCCACCAAAUUGGCAGUGCAUUUGCAAAAAGCGGGGAUUGGAGCUAAUGUGAUGGUGCCUCUUUGCUUCGAGAAAUCUAUUUGGGCAAUUGUGGCAACACUGGCUGUGCUCAAGGCGGGAGCAGCAUUUGUUCCAAUGGAUGCUUCCAACCCGGUGGCGCGUCUGCAGCAAGUCAUUUCGCAAACGCAUGCGACAUCUAUCUUGGUAUCGGAACAAUAUGCGACGUUGCUUACCGGGACCGCAGACCACAUACUCACCGUCUCUGGUUCCUUCAUGGGGAACCUGCAGGAUACCGACUCACUUGCACAUACCCACGCCCAACCACACCAUAUAGCAUAUGUGCUCUUUACGUCGGGCAGUACUGGGAGCCCGAAAGGAUGUGUAGUCGAGCAUCAGGCUUUAGCUGCCAUCGCAAAUCACGCAGCAGCAUUACAGAUCAGCUCUGGGUGUCGGGUGCUACAAUUUGCGUCGUACAGCUUUGGCAUUUCGUUGGUCGAGAUAUUCUGCACACUAGUCGCGGGAGGGGUGGUUUGUAUUCCUUCUGAAACUGAGCGCAUCAAUGACCCCUCGGGAGCAGUGCGUCGCAUGUCGGUCGAUUGGGCUCUACUGACUCCUUCGGUGGUCAAUUUGCUCGAUCCUCGGAGUGUGCCCACGCUGAGAACGUUGGCGGUGGCCGGCGAACCCUUAAACAAGCGCAUUGUCGAGAGUUGGGCGGGGUUGGUCCGUCUAACGCCGGUGUACGGGCUGACGGAAUGGGCAGGAAUAUGUACAGUCCAGCCGCAGAUGACACCGACCAUGAACGUCAAAAACAUCGGCUCGUCGCCCAGUGCAAACCUCUGGCUGGUCAAUCCGGAGAAUUAUGAACGGCUCGCUCCAAUCGGAGCUAUUGCUGAGCUGCUCAUCGAAGGCCCUUGUCUGGCACGAGGUUACCUCGGUGAUUCUGAGCGAACAGCUACAGCGUUCAUAACGGAUCCGCCUUGGCUGCAUUUCUUCCGACAUAAAUUGCCGUCUACGCUCUAUUGCACAGGCGACAUCGUCCGGUAUGGCCCUGACGGGACCAUCAACUAUGUCGGACGCAAGGGCCUGCAGACCAAGAUUCGAGGCCAGCGGGUUGAGCUCGGAGAGGUGGAAUACCACGUUUGCCGCCACUUCCGCGAUGCCACCAAGGCCAUUGCCGAAGUUGUGGUCCCAGCGGGAGGGAAAGGGAAAGCCCGCGAGUGCCAGCAGAUUCUCGGAGAUUCCGGCUCUGGUCUAAUCCUCGAUGAUUCCGAUCAGAUAUUCCGACUCAAUGCUGCGACGACGGAUUCCACCAUCCGUAGUCUCUUACCCGAUUAUAUGGUUCCACAGGCUUAUAUCCCUUUGAAAUAUGUACCAUUGACCGUAACCGGGAAAAUUAACCGCCGCACGCUGAGGGAAACUGCAGGUAGACUGUCUUAUGAAGACUUGAUCUCAUUUACCGACACCAGAAUCCAGAAAGUGAAACCUGACUCGGGCAUUGAAAAGCUUCUCCAUGAGCUGGUCUCACAGACUCUCAGUCUGCGAUCUGAUGUUUUUGGCGUGAAUGAGAGCUUCUUCCGACUUGGAGGCGACUCCAUCAGGGCGAUGGAUUUGGCGGCUCGAUGCCGGGCUAAAAAUAUAUCAAUCACUGUGCAGGAUAUCUUCCGUGAGAAAACAAUCGCCCGUCUAUCCCUGUGCGCAGAUAUGGAGGAAACAAACCUGCCAACACAGUUCAACGAUGAUACUGAGGCAGCGUUUCCUCUAUCCCCAGCCCAGCAGAACAUGAUUCAUGCAAUAUCCAGAGGCCAAUGUCAAUCUACCCAGGCAAUUUGUCUUCAACUGGAGAGGUAUACUUCUUUUGAAUUAAUGGAGACCACAAUCUACGAGGUUGUCCAACGCCACCCAAUGCUGCGCGCCCGUUUUGCCCAGGACCAUAAGGGUUACUGGACUCAGAAAGUUGUUCACGAACUUCGAGAAGCAUAUGGUUACAGCAACCGCACUGCAACAAGCAAAGAAACCGUGUCCGACAUCACGGCCUCCGCUCAGCAAGUUCUGGAUAUUGAAAAGGGCCCUGUCUUUGCUGCUUUAUAUAUCUGCGCUGACGGAGGUAGUCAGUUUCUGGUGCUUUUCGCCCAUGAAUUAGUGGUGGACCAGACUUCGUGGAAAAUCAUUCUGGCAGAUAUUGAACACCUUCUGAGCGGAGGCAUCCUGUCAAACAGGCCAAUACCCCAGCCUUUUGGGGAAUGGUGCUGUACGGAGGUGCAAAACAAUCGUGCUCAUCACGUUGUUUCCCGCCAGGCUAUGGCUUCAAAAGUAGCAGAUUCAGCAGUGGACGAUUCUCUGGCCGCUCACAAGUGCCGUACGACUGGGAGCGACUUCACGAUACCUCCAAUGAUUUCGCACUGGAUUCUCACCAAAGCGAGCGGAAUUCUCCAGGUGGAGCCCUUUGAAAUCUUUCAAGCUUUGGUACUCCAUUCCUUUGCACGGAAUUUUGAAAGUCGAGAGCUGCCUAUGACAAUAGCUCAAAUAGAUGGACGCGAGUUGUACCGCUGCUCUGGUGGUGAUUACUCAUGGACUGUUGGUCAUUUUAAUACGCUUUUGCAAGUACAAGUGCCCUCUCAUGGGCAACCCGAUCUUCUAGACUUUCUACGCCAGACGAAGGAGAGCUGCCGACAGGACCACAGCAGAGGGGACACACCGCCUGCAGUCAACGGGGACGCGGUAUUGUCGAGAAAAAAGCCAAUAAUACUUUUCACCUUCGCCACACCUACGCAGUGGCAGGAAGCGCGUGGCAGUACACUGUGGCAACAGGUGUCUUUCCAGGCUCUAGAGUGGCCGCGGUACAUCCAUGAUACCCUGCCUCCCGCAUCCAUGGCGGUUAAUGUUUCCGUUAUCAAUGAUGUCCUGCAAGUCUCUUUUAGUCGCAGCGACAUACUGUCUGAUACAGAACUUCAGGGAUGGGCCCAUGAAUGCGAGCAAUCUGUAGACGAGUUUGUGGAAAUACUACGGCAGGGGAAGCCUAUUCUCACCCCCAGAGAUUUUCCGCUUCUCGAGAUAAGCGUCGCUGACCUUGACUACCUCCUGAAUCACCGCCUGCCAGUAAUCGGUCUUGAUCAGAAAGAUCUGGAAACGGCGUAUCCAUGUUCGCCCAUUCAGCAAGGAAUGCUGCUGAGCCAGGCACGCCAGCCUCAAUCCUAUCAGUUAUUCUUUAUUUGGGAGGUCACUGCUGUAGGUAACACUCCUAAAUUCAAUAGUGAUAGGCUCAGGGCUGCCUGGGUGCAACUGACCCAUCGCCAUUCCGUCCUGAGGUCAAUCUUUGUGGAAAGGGUUUCAAAACACUCAUUCAUACAGGUGGUUUUGAAGGCUGGCGCAGUGCAGACAGCACUAAUACGAUCCGCUGAUGCUGAUGUAUAUGGUUCCCUCUACGCAAACCGGCAGAUCCGAGAACAGGGGCGAGAGUCGCUACCACGAUUCACAGUCUGUGAGACGAACAGCGACAGAGUCUUCUGUGCUCUGGAAAUUAGCCACGUGCUUACUGAUGCCACCUCAAUAGCCAUUUUGCAACGUGACCUGACUCUAGCAUACGACGACCAGCUCCCCAUCUGCGGGGGAGCAAGCUACGGAGACUACAUCGCAUUUUUGCAAAAUGCAUGUGAAGCUCCUGCCAUCGAGUAUUGGAGGAAGUAUCUAGGUGGCUGUGGCCCCUGCCUAUUCCCGCGGCUGCGCAACGCCUCAUUAUCUUCUGGCGACGCCACGGAACUGCAACGAACCCAUGUGCCACUGAAAAACGUAUCUAGGAUCUACGAUUUCUGCGCUGAUACAGGGUUCACAGUAUCGAAUGUCUUUCAGCUUGCUUGGGGACUGGUACUGCGAGCUUACACAGGGCUAAACUCGGUGUGCUUUGGUUACCUCGUGUCGGGGCGAGGAGCUCCGGUAUCUGGAAUAGGAGACGCCGUGGGCCCAUAUAUCAACAUGUUAAUCUGUGGUUUGGAUUUCAAUGAAUUCAGGACACCCUUGGAGAUACUGAGUAAGCUCCAAGUGGACUUUGCAGCGGGGUUGACUUACCAGCACUUCUCGUUAUCCGACCUUUUUCACUCAAUGAACCUCGCAGAAAAGUCGAUGUUCAACACAUGUAUGACUUUCUCCUCGGAGAGAGCUGAAGACAAAGAUUUGGGAGAAAGAAGUCUGGUGCUUCGAGAGAUGGAAUCUUACCUGCCGAGCGAGUACGAUAUCAUGAUCGAGUGUAGAACAAAAGGCCGACAAUUUACAGCGGCGCUGCGUUACAAGACGGCGACCCUAUCGGAGAGACAAGCCACGGAAGUAGCACACACUUUGUACCAAGCAGUGUGCGGUAUUCUGGAGGGCGAAGACAUCGGCCGAGUAUCACUGUUAAGUGAAUUAGACAAAAAGCAGCUAAGAGUGUGGAAUGGAGAGGUGCCAGAGCGGACAGAGCGGUGUGUGCACGAGCUGAUUGAGGAACGGUGCCGGUCCCAGCCGGCGGCGCCGGCAGUGUGCGCGUGGGAUGGUGACCUAACAUAUGGCGAGCUGGAUGCACUGUCUUCGGCACUUGCAGCGCAUCUAGUAGAGCGUGGGGUCGGACCCGAAGUGUUCGUGCCACUAUGCUUUGAAAAGUCACGGUGGACAACAGUGGCAAUGCUUGGUGUGAUAAAGGCGGGUGGCGCAUUUGUGUUGUUGGACCUAUCGCAUCCGCAGGCGCGGCUUCGGACGAUCUGCCGAGACGUGUCGGCUAAAUUGAUUGUGGCAUCAUUGCACAACAAGGCUAUGGCGGCAGACCUGGCAGUCAAGCAGGCAGCACAGGUGGUAGUGGUAGGCGACCACGAGACGGCAUGGCAGAAGGAUAUCACCAGCUGUGCGGUGUCUGCAGUGGCGCCCGACAAUGCACUUUACGCCGUCUUCACCUCCGGCUCCACUGGCUCCCCUAAAGGAGCCGUCAUCCCCCAUAGUGCUUACACCACGAGUGCACUGUCCCACGGUCAACGUCUGUCCCUGUCCAGCCAAUCCAGAGUGCUUCAGUUUGUUUCGUACGGAUUUGACGUCAGUAUUGCUGACUCGUUAACCACUUUAAUUUUUGGCGCGGCAAUUUGUGUUCCCUCUGAGACAGAACGAAGAAAUGACCUGGCCAUGGCGAUCACGAACUACCAGGUGAACUGGGCUCAUCUUACCCCGUCGCUGAUCAAAAUUCUAGAACCAGAAAAUGUGCCGAGCUUACAAACCCUGGCUCUGAUAGGGGAGCAGAUGUCGAAGGCAGACGUUGAGGUAUGGGCUUCCCAGGUACAACUGAUAAAUUCCUACGGGCCAGCAGAAUGCAGUGUCGUCGGUACUGCACUAUCAAACAUGAAAUCGGGUACGGACCCUCAGAACAUUGGGUACGCAACAGGCUGUGUGCCCUGGGUAGUAGACAUGCAAAGCCAUGAGAGGUUAGUCCCGAUUGGAGCCGUUGGUGAGCUGCUCAUUGAGGGCCCGAUUGUUGGUCGUGGGUACCUCAAUGACCCAGAGCGGACAAAGGCGGUAUUUAUCGACCCGCCGGCCUGGCUGCACCAGUUCCGUAAAAGGGACGUCAGCGGACAGUUAUAUAAGACAGGCGACCUGGUACGAUAUGCGGAGGAUGGCUCGCUGCGCUUCAUUGGGCGUAAGGACACGCAGGUCAAGCUUCGCGGCCAGCGCAUCGAGCUCGGUGAAGUGGAGCACCACGUGCAGCGGUGCUUCCCGCAGGCACGCAAUGUGGUGGCUGAGGUAGUCAAGCCAACAGAAGCAGGGCGGCCACCACUACUAGUGGCAUUUGUCCAGACAGAUAAACUGCGCCAAGGACUGCCAGAUCAGACAAUCACUAAUAGUAAUUUAGAAGAUGUUCUGGCUGCACCUACUGAUGCCUUUCGCGCGGAUAUCACUACUGCCAAGGCUAACCUGUUUGAUGCCGUGCCAGCCUAUAUGGUGCCAGAGCUUUUCAUUCCCUUGAUAGCUGUGCCGCUGACAGCUACCGGUAAAACUGAUCGUCGCCGACUGCGAGACCAGGCAGCCAGCCUAUCUCGAGCGGAUUUCGAGCUGUACCAUGACGACGCAGCGGCUAAGCGCGCCCCCGCCACCCCAACAGAGCGGACGCUGCAGCAGCUCUGGGCGCAGGUGUUAGAUGUCGCGCCCCAUACUAUCGGUGCGGACGAUAACUUCUUCCGCCUCGGCGGGGACUCCAUCUCGGCGAUGAAGCUUGUUGGCGCUCUCCGCGAGGGAAGUCUUGCACUUACCGUGGCCGAUGUGUUUUACCACCCGAGGCUGUCAGAUUUGGCACAUGUUGCCCAGUCGGCGUUGAGGACACCCUCGCACAUCUCCGAUCUUCCGUCCCCGUUUUCUCUAUUAGAACACGGUGGCGUGCACGAUGCUGUCGUUCAACUGGCCAUCGACCAAUGCCAGGUAUCUCGCGACCAGAUUACUGACAUUUACCCUUGCACCGCCUUGCAAGAGGGUCUUAUUGCCCUUACAGCCAAGACAUCGAGGGCCUAUAUUGCUCAUUUCUCCUAUCGUAUCCCGAAUGACAUCGACCUAGUUCACUUCCGAGCUGCCUGGAAUGCGGUGGCAAUCGCCAAUCCUAUUCUCCAUACGAGGAUCAUCUCACGCGACCCGCUGGGAAGCUUCCAGGCAGUUGUGCCGGGCGAGCUUCCGUGGAUGCUCUACGACGACGAGGAAGCGUAUAAAGCCGAAGCCGCAUCAUUAUUCGGGCUGGGUGAACCCCUGGUCCGGGCGACUGUCGUCUCGAGCCGAAGCUCGAAGAAGGGACCACGGUUCAUCCUCACGAUGCAUCACGCUUUAUAUGAUGCCUGGUCUCUGCCACUGCUUCUGGUACAAGCCGCAGCGGCCAUCCGGGGCGACCUGUUGAAACCCCGACCUUUCAGCCCGUUUAUAGCGUACCUCUGCAACUCCAAAACUGAUUCAGAGGGCUUCUGGCGGUCACAAUUCACUCAGCUGCAAGCUUCAUGUUUCCCACCGCUCCCGUCGCCGAUGUACACUCCGAAUCCAACCAUGUCCGCCACACAUACGAUAAGCUUACCUCACGGCCCGGUGGACGGUUUCACAGUGUCCACCAAGCUCCGGUUAGCCUGGGCUUUGACCGUUUCACAGUAUUCCAAUACAAGCGACGUCGUUUUUGGCCUGACUGUCACGGGCCGUGGGGUGCCGGUGGAGGGCAUUGGGCAGAUGACUGGACCGACCAUCGCCACUGUCCCUCUCCGCGUCCAGCUGGACCAGGAUACCACGGUCACCCAAGCACUUCAACGGGUACAAGAUCAAUCAAUCGAGAUGCUGGCAUUUGAGCAGGCUGGCCUGCAGAAUAUCCGCCGUUUGAGCGACGAGGCGGCCGCCGCCUGCCAGUUCCAAAACCUCCUGGUCAUCCAGGCGAGCCGACGAGAUGACAUACCAGACCUGUUUACGGAAGCGGAUGUCCUCGCCGAGCAAGACGCAUUCACUACCUACGCACUAACCCUACUGUGUAAAUCCGAGAGCGGCUCGGUGAGCAUACAAGCGACAUAUGAUCCGCAGACAAUUACGACCACAGAAGUGCAGCGAAUGCUUUACCAACUGGCGCAUGUGAUGAGACAGAUUUAUCAGCAGCCGAACAAGGUAAUCAGAGAUCUGAGCAAGAUAAGCCGCGAGGAUUGGAGGCAACUGAAGGAGUGGAAUCGAGAUGUGCCAGAGCGGAUGGAGCGGUGCGUGCACCAGCUGGUUGAGGAACGGUGCCAAGCCCAGCCAGCGGCGCCGGCAGUGUGCGCGUGGGAUGGUGACCUAACAUAUGGCGAGCUGGAUGCACUGUCUUCGGCACUUGCAGCGCAUCUAGUCGAGCGUGGGGUCGGACCCGAAGUGUUCGUGCCACUAUGCUUUGAAAAGUCGCGGUGGACGAUAGUGGCAAUGCUUGGGGUAGUAAAGGCGGGCGGCGCGUUUGUGUUGUUGGACCCAUCGCACCCGCAGGCGCGGCUGCGGGCGAUCUGCCGAGAUGUGUCGGCCGAGCUAAUCAUAGCAUCGACGCACAACAAAGAAAUGGCGGCGCAUCUGGUGGCGGACCGUCUAGGAACUGUGGUGUCUGUUGGGGUUAGUGACACUACAUGGCGAGACAGGAGCAGCCUAUCUAUCCCAUCUUCUGUCAGCCCAGAGAACGCGCUCUAUGCCGUGUUUACGUCUGGCUCCACUGGGACUCCUAAAGGACUGGUUAUCCCACAUGCUAGCUUUUGUUCUAGCAUGCUACCAUAUAUGGACGCUCUCCGCCUUACAAAUCAAUCGCGUGUUCUCCAGUUCUCGUCAUACGCCUUUGAUAUCAGCAUUAUGGAUGUUUUCAUGUCACUGGUGGCUGGCGCAUGUGUCUGCAUGCCCUUUGAAUCCUCCCAGCAGACUGAUAUCAACGCCGCCAUAGAGGCAUACCAGAUCAGUUGUGCUAACAUUACUCCAUCCUUGUUGAGCACAUUGACACAUGAGAGCCUUCAGAUAUUACAAACAGUGGCUGUUGGGGGUGAAACUGUCUCCGCUGCUGCGAUGAAAAACUGCAGUCCACAUGUUCACCUAAUAAAUGCCUAUGGACCUGCUGAAUGUUCUGUGUCGGCCACCGUUCAGACAUCCUUGUCUGAACACUCAGAUCGGGGGAAUAUUGGCUAUGCGAUAGGAUGUACAUGUUGGGUGGUAGAUUGCGAGAGCCAUGCGAGAUUAGUCCCGAUCGGAGCCGUGGGUGAGCUGCUGAUCGAGGGACCAAUUGUCGGGCGUGGCUACCUCAACGAUCCAGAGCGGACGAAGCUGAUGUUUAUCGACCCGCCGGCUUGGCUACGCCAGUUCCGCGGGAGGAACAUUACCGGAAAAUUGUAUAAGUCAGGCGACCUGGUGCAGUACGCGGAGGACGGGUCGCUACGCUUUGUCGGGCGUAAAGACACGCAGGUCAAGCUUCGCGGCCAACGCAUCGAGCUGGGUGAAGUGGAGCACUAUGUGCAGCAGUACUUCCCGCAGGCGCGCAAUGUGGUGGCCGAGGUAGUCACCCCGACGGACACCGGGCGGCCGCCGCUGCUGGUGGUGUUUAUCCAGACAGAUAGGCUACAACAAGAAACCCCAGGCAAGGAAUCGUCAGGAAAUGCUACCUCUAACAACAAUACACAAGAUAUCCUGGCUGCGCCUACUAAUGCCUUCCGUGUGAAAAUUCCUACUGCCAAGGAUCACCUCUAUAAUGCCAUGCCAGCUUAUAUGGUGCCAGAGCUUUUCCUUCCAUUGAAAGCUGUGCCGCUGGCAGCUACUGGCAAAAUAGAUCGUCACCGACUGCGAGAUCGGGCUGCCCGCCUGUCUCGAGCAGAGAUCGAGGCAUACCACGGCCUUACAGUAGCCAAGCGCUCCCCUGCCACCCUGACGGAGCAGACACUGCAGCAGCUAUGGGCACAGGUAUUAAAUACCGCGCCCCAUACGAUUGGCGCGGAUGAUAAUUUCUUCCACCUUGGUGGUGACUCGAUCGCGGCGAUGAAGCUCAUCAGUCUCAUCCGCAAGGGUGGUCUGACGCUUACGGUAGCUGACGUCUACCGUUUGCCAACUCUUGCCCAACUGGCCGCAUCAAAAUCUUUUCCAACAGGUAUUUCAUGA